CGAGAGUGGCGCGGCCCCCGCUGCUGCUGCUGCUGCUACUGCUGCUGCUUCGCAGGCGCCGGUCUCGGGGCGCCUAACCUGCGCGCGCCCUUCUCCGCUUCGCGACCCUCCUGCCGCGCAGUGACUUCCAAGAUAUUUCAGCCAUGAGCAACCCUUUUGCGCAUCUCAGGGAACCGCUGGACCCAAGCCAAGCGACAAAAAAAUUCUUCAAUUUGAACCGUCUGGGAGACCCAAGAUAUGAACGUUUGCCGUUCUCUAUCAGAGUGUUGCUGGAGGCCUCAGUCCGCAACUGUGACGAGUUCCUGGUAAAGAAGGGAGAUGUUGAAAACAUCCUAAACUGGAACGUGAUGCAACACAAGAACAUCGAAGUGCCAUUUAAACCCGCCCGAGUUAUUCUACAAGACUUCACCGGUGUCCCAGCAGUGGUGGAUUUUGCUGCUAUGCGUGAUGCUGUGAAGGCCCUGGACGGAGACCCGGAAAAAAUCAACCCCAUCUGCCCUGCUGAUUUAGUAAUUGAUCAUUCCAUCCAGGUUGACUUUAAUAAAAGGCCAGACAGUUUGCAGAAGAAUCAGGAUCUGGAAUUUGAGAGGAACAAAGAAAGAUUUGAGUUCUUGAAGUGGGGCUCCCAAGCCUUCCAGAACAUGAGGAUUAUUCCCCCGGGCUCUGGGAUUGUCCAUCAAGUGAAUCUGGAGUAUUUGGCAAGAGUUGUCUUUGAUCAGAGUGGAUGCUAUUAUCCAGACAGCGUGGUGGGCACCGAUUCACAUACCACGAUGAUUAAUGGCUUAGGCGUCCUUGGCUGGGGCGUGGGGGGAAUUGAAGCAGAAGCGGUGAUGCUGGGCCAGCCAAUCAGCAUGGUGCUUCCUGAGGUGAUCGGCUACAAAUUGAUAGGUAGCCCUCAACCACUUGUCACAUCCACUGACAUUGUGCUCACCGUUACCAAGCACCUCCGCCAGGUUGGGGUCGUGGGUAAAUUUGUUGAGUUCUUUGGGCCUGGGGUGACUCAGUUGUCCAUCGCUGAUCGAGCCACCAUUGCCAACAUGUGCCCAGAAUAUGGAGCAACUGCUGCCUUCUUCCCAGUUGAUGAAGUUAGCAUCAAGUACCUGCUUCAAACAGGCCGUGAUGAAGAUAAGAUUAGGCACAUAAGAAAAUACCUUGAGGCUGCAGGAAUGUUUAGAGAUUUCACUAACUCGUCGCAGGAUCCUGAUUUUACACAGAUUGUGGAGUUGGAUCUGCAAACAGUUGCUCCAUGUUGCAGUGGCCCUAAAAGACCACAGGACAAGGUCGUGGUCUCUGAAAUGAAGAAGGAUUUUGAGAACUGCCUGGGAGCUAAACAAGGGUUUAAAGGCUUCCAAAUUGCCCCUGACCAGCAUAACAGCCAAGUGAAAUUUGUUUACAAUGAUAAGGAGUUCGAACUUACACAUGGCUCGGUGGUGAUUGCCGCCAUUACUAGCUGCACCAACACAAGUAAUCCUUCGGUUAUGCUAGGAGCUGGAUUGCUUGCAAAGAAAGCUGUAGAAGCCGGAUUGACUGUGAAGCCAUACAUUAAAACUAGCCUGUCUCCUGGAAGUGGGGUCGUUACCUACUAUCUGAGAGAGAGUGGAGUCUUGCCUUACCUUGUUCAACUAGGGUUUGAUGUGGUAGGUUAUGGAUGUAUGACAUGCAUUGGCAACAGCGGGCCUCUGCCAGAACCAGUUGUCGAAGCCAUUACUCAGGGAGACCUUGUAGCUGUGGGCGUCCUCUCUGGAAACAGAAACUUUGAGGGCCGUGUCCACCCCAAUACUCGUGCCAACUACCUGGCCUCUCCACCAUUGGUAAUAGCAUAUGCCAUUGCGGGAACCAUAAGGAUUGACUUUGAGAAGGAACCUCUAGGUGUAAACGCACAAGGGAAGAAGAUCUUUUUAAGAGACAUUUGGCCCAUGAGGGAUGAGAUCCAAGCUGUUGAGCGCCAGUAUGUCAUUCCAGGGAUGUUUAAAGAGGUCUACCAGAAAAUAGAGACAGUAAACAAAGCUUGGAAUGCAUUAGAUGUUCCAGCAGACAAGCUAUAUGCUUGGGACCCCAAAUCCACAUAUAUUAAAUCACCUCCAUUUUUUGAAAAUCUGACUUUGGAGCUCCCGCCACUGAAAUCCAUAGUUGAUGCCUACGUCCUGCUCAACCUUGGUGACUCUGUGACCACGGAUCAUAUCUCUCCUGCUGGGAACAUAGCAAGAAACAGCCCAGCUGCUCGUUAUUUAACCAGCAGAGGCCUAACUCCCAGAGAGUUCAACUCGUACGGUUCGCGCCGGGGCAACGACGCUGUCAUGGCUAGGGGAACGUUUGCAAACAUACGCCUGCUGAACAAAUUUCUCAACAAGCAGGCCCCACAAACUAUCCACUUCCCGUCUGAUGAAACUCUCGACGUGUUUGAUGCUUCCGAGAGGUACCAGCAAGCAGGCCUCCCACUUAUCGUGCUGGCUGGCAAGGAGUACGGCUCCGGGAGCUCCCGAGACUGGGCUGCGAAAGGGCCUUUUCUGCUGGGCAUCAAAGCUGUCCUCGCAGAGAGCUAUGAGCGGAUCCACCGCAGUAAUCUCGUGGGAAUGGGAGUGAUUCCUCUGCAGUAUUUGCCUGGCGAGGAUGCCGAUAGUCUUGGGCUGACAGGGCGGGAACGCUACACAAUCAUCAUUCCCGAGUCAAUAGUGCCCAGAAUGAACGUCCAGAUCAAACUGGAUACAGGGAAAACCUUCCAAGCCACCAUGAGGUUUGACACGGAUGUGGAGCUCACCUAUUUCCGUAAUGGCGGCAUCUUGAACUAUAUGAUUCGCAAAAUGGCCGCCUAGUCUCAAAAUGCGACCGUGCCACUGUCCAGUUAUCAUGAAAUCUGCCUUUUCGUGAUGAGAAAUUCCCAGUAAUUGUGGGGAAGCUACACAAAUAUUGUCUAAAACCUGUGUUGGUUGUGUUUCGAGGUGGUAUUUUUACAAACAUUAGAAUGGGAGCCUAGAUGCCUUGACCACCCGACCACCAUUGACCUCAUCCUGCCUCCAGUACCUUAUUUUGUGUGGGUGAGUAGAAUGAGAAAUUCUGAUUAAUGCAGGGCUUACCCUUAGCUUCUUCAAUAUUUCAUAUAGUAACAGACAGUUGUUUUUUGUUCCAUGUGCCUGAGAGAUGAAAUUAUCAAGUAUGAUGGUCUCAUGUCUGUUGAAAGAGUUAAUCAUUUCCCUUGAAAAUCUAAUACUGCUAAAAUUAUUAAAUGGCUUAGCUCUUGUAUCUGAGAGGGUGAGUGCUCUCUCCUUCUGUGAUCAUGUGUGAGGUGCAGGGAGAAUGAAAGACCAUUUAUAAUAAAAUUUAAUCUAUUUUCAAAAAAACUGUUUUCACCUCUCUCUCUUUUUUAAAAGCCUGUUUUUAAAUAUUGUGGAUUUUGGUUUCUGAGCUUAAGUUUACUAAGCAGUGUGUAUAGACCGGUUCAAAAUAUAAACAGAGUUUUUCAGUGGCAUGAUAUUGAAUGAGUAGUGUUUCCACACAAAAAAAACCCUUCCAAUUUUGUGCCAAUGAAAAUUGGGUUUAUAUCCAUGUUGCAGCUGCCAUAGUUAUUAAAUAUCUAUCGCACAACUUCCUCCAAAGGAGUCUAGCGCAGCAACCAUGUUGAUUCUAAAGCAAUGCAAUUAAACCUUCCAAAAAGAAUCACCUCCUCUUAAAACUUGUAAUUUCAGGGGUGCCAAGGACAGGACUUUCAACCAUCAAAUGCCUGGGUAGACCGGAAUGUUUUUAAAUUUCUCCUAAAACUUACUGAUUGCAAAAUGCAACUCAAAUCUGUAUUCAUUUCCUGACAGAAAAUAGUUUUACAGUGGUACCUCGGUUUAAGAACAGCCUUGUUUACAAACUUAUUCAGUAUACCAACUCCACAAAACAGGAAGUAGUGUUCCGGUUAGUGAACUUUACCUCGGUCUACGAACGGAAUCCGAACAGUUGAAGGGCACCGGUGGCGGAAGGCCUAAUUAGGGAAAGCGCGCCUCGGUUUAAGAACAGACUUCUGGAACGGAUUAAGUUUGUAAAUCGAGGUACCACUGUACUUCGGAUUUGAGACUUCCUGUUGUAACAUAUAUUUGUUAUUUGGUUGAAAUAGAAGUCCCUAAGGUACAGUGAAUCAUGUUUUUGGUUAGGAGUAGCAUUCUGAAUGAUCCAUUAAGUCAAAAUGGCCAAAUACUAAGACUGAUCUGAUCCCUCCUAGAUAGCACAUUUACCUACAAAGAGCUUAACAUUCCUAGAGCAAUAAUCAUGCCACAGACUGAAUGGGUUUAAAGUGGCUUUAAUUAACUAAUUUUUAAGAAUUUCUUUUAUUUGAAAGACUUGACAGUAGCUCGAGGACGGCAUUUGGAACAAGGAGUGUAGAGAACUCGAAACCCUUUUGCAUGCAUGAGUUAAUGUUUUUUGCCCAAGGUUGUUCGCUGCCUUGGAAUCCAACCUACCUUAUUAUGGACUAGUUACAAACAAAGGCUGUACCAUCAUUUAUGCCUCCUUGCCCUUAUUGGAAGAAGAAAAUGCAGAUAUAAUCACAACAUUAUCUUCCUAACAGCUGCAACAGCUACAAUUUCCUUUUU